AUGGCUGACGAGUACGCAGACUUGAAACAGAUGUUGCAGCAGCAGCAACUGAAGCUGAUGGAGGCUCUGACCGUCAAGCCAUCCAAUUCAUCCAUGGGCAAAUCAAGCGCGGCUGGUGGUUCACAAUCUGUUGAUCACGUUGCCGACAGCAUCACUGAAUUCCUGUAUGACCCGCAGGCCCAUAUCACCUUUGAGUCCUGGUACAAACGAUACGAGGACUUGUUCUCUGUCGAUCUGGCUGCCCAGGACGAUGCAUGGAAGGUUCGACUCCUACUUCGCAAACUGGGUCCGGCUGAAUACGAGCGUUAUGCAAACUUCAUCCUCCCCAAGAACCCCCGGUUGAGACGUUGUCGCAGAUGUUUGGUGAGCAAUCAUCCCUCUUCAACACUCGAUUUCAGUGUCUGCAACUGUGCAAACGAGAUUCCGAUGAUUUCAUCACAUAUGCGGGCAUUGUUAAUCGUGAGUGUGGGCGUUUCCAACUCGGUUCUCUCACUGAAGACCAGUUUAAAUGCCUUAUAUUUUUCUGCGGCCUCCAGUCCCCCAAGGAUGCUGAUAUCCGGACACGUCUCCUGUCCAAAGGGCAGCAGAACAACUCCACCACUCUCCAAGAGCUGGCAGCAGAGUGCCAAACGCUGAUCAAUCUCAAGCACGACUCUGCAAUGAUUCAGAACCCGGCCUCAUCUUUCUCAGUCCAUACGGUCACAUCGACCAAAUCCCAUCCUGUUACACGGCCCAAGCAAGUGUCCAAGUCGAGAUCUCCGCCAUCUCCUUGUCAGCACUGUGGCGCGUGGCAUUUCCACCGGGAUUGCACUUUCCGCCUGCAUCGCUGCCAAAGCUGUAAUGAGGUGGGACACCGUGAUGGGUUCUUCAAAUCAGUACCAGCUUCUGGAGGCAAGCCAGCCCCCGCCACUCCUAAUUUCAGGCAUCGUUUCCGGCCAAAACGCAAGUCCAAACUCCAGUCCGUUGGUAAUUCUCUGAGUCUCUUGGCCGCUUUCCAGCUCAAUGCGUCUGGUCGUAGAAAAUUUGUUGAUGUCUUGCUCAAUGGCCAUGCAAUUCGUCUACAGUUGGACACUGCCUCAGAUAUCAUCAUCAUCUCUGAGAGACUCUGGCAGUCCCUUGGCAGUCCCACGAUGCAACCGACUUCCCAGUCCGCCACAAGCGCGUGCGGUGGUCUCGUACAGCUAAUUGGGCAGCUGCAAUGCUGUGUGUCGUUCCGCGGUACCAGCAUCACUGCGAUCUGCUACAUCACCAAGUCUGAUCUAAACCUACUUGGUCUCGACUGGAUUGAACAACUUGGGUUGGCCGAUAUGCCGCUCCGCGUUGUUUGCAGUCAGGUGCAGAUUCCCGCUGUGCUUGCAGACCAAGCCAAUGACAUUCUCCAACGCUUUGCUCCAGUGUUCCAAGACGGCCUGGGUCGUUGCACAUACACUCAAGCCGUGCUACAUCUGUCUCCUGGAAGUUAACCAGUCUUCGGUCCAAAGCGACCAGUCCCAUAUGCAGCCCUACCACUUGUCGAGGCUGAACUGAAGCGUCUAGAGGAAUUGGGAGUUCUGGUUCCUGUAUCCUACUCCACCUGGGCCGCUCCAAUCGUUGUGGUUAAGAAGCCCAAUGGCUCGAUUCGCAUUUGUGCUGACUUCUCCACCGGUCUCAAUGCCGCGCUGACGCCGAACUGCUAUCCAUUACCGGUUCCGGCAGAUCUUUUCACCCUGCUGAAUGGUGGCACUUGUUUUGCCAAGUUGGAUCUUGCUGAUGCGUAUCUGCAGAUCGCGGUCGCCCCAGAGUCGCGCGAAUUGUUGACCAUCAAUACCCACCGCGGUCUGUUCCAAUGCACCAGGCUGCCCUUUGGUGUCAAGACCGCCCCGGCCCUAUUUCAACAAACGAUGAACGCAAUGCUCUCCGACAUCCCUGGCACAGCUGGGUACCUGGACGACAUCAUCAUCGUGGGUCGCUCCCCUGCCGAGCUGCAAGACCGAGUGUGCGCAGUACUCGAACGCGUGCAGGAGUAUGGCUUUCGCCUACGGGCCGAGAAGUGCCAAUUCUUCCUCGACUCCAUCAAGUACCUUGGAUUCGUUUUUGACGCCAAUGGUCGCCAUGCAGAUCCUGAAAACAUUCGGGCCAUCCAACGAAUGCCUGCCCCCAAGAAUGUAUCGCAACUUCGUUCGUUCCUUGGCCUGAUCAGCUACUAUAGCGCCUUCCUACCAUCGCCGCAUGACGUACGGGCCCCGCUCAACCGUUUGUUGCAGAAGGAUGCUCCUUGGUGCUGGUCCCCCGACUGUGAAAAGGCCUUCGCCCAGCUAAAGUCGAUGCUGAGUUCAGAUCUGCUGCUCACGCACUACGACCCGACGCUGCCGAUCGUUGUUGCUGCAGAUGCUUCCAACCACGGAGUUGGUGCCGUCAUCUCACAUACUUUUCCUGAUGGGUCUGAAAAGGCGAUCAUGCAUGCAUCUCGCACGCUAACCCCUGCGGAGAAGAACUAUGGGCAAAUAGAGAAAGAGGCUUUAGCCCUCGUGUUUGCCGUCAAGAAAUUUCACAAACUGUUGUACGGUCGCCACUUCACGUUGUUGACGGAUCACAAAUAAUUGCUGUCAAUCUUCGGUUCGAAGAAGGGCAUUCCCGUCUACUCAGCCAGCCGACUUCAGCGAUGGGCAACCAUCCUUCUUGGCUACGAUUUCGACAUUCGCUACUGUCGUACUACAGACUUUGGUCAGGCUGACGCCCUUUCUCGCCUCAUCAGCAAUCAGCAGGAACCGGGGAAGAUACCGUGAUUGCAGCUAUUUCGAUUGAGGACGGUGUGCGCCGUCAGCUAUCAGACGCCAUACGAGGUAUUCCUGUCACUGCCGCGGACAUCCGACGUGCUACUGAACAGGAUCCUGUCCUCCGCCAGGCCAUCACCUACGUGCAGACCUGCUGGCCAACCACUGCUCUCGCUGGCGAUCUUCGCCAGCUCUUCCUCCGCCGAGCAUCGCUAUCUGUGGUUGACUCCUGCCUCAUGUUUGCAGACCGUGUGGUGAUCCCAUCUUCCCUCCGACUCACUGUACUACGCCAGUUCCAUGCGGCUCAUCCUGGUGCCAGCCGAAUGAAGUCUAUUGCUCGUAGUUUUGCCUACUAA